AGAGCUUCUAUGGUGAUGAGAUUUACACAUGAUUAUGUUAUCAUGGAAUGGAAAUUCUCAUCUCUCAAUCUUGGUGAGAAAGUCGCUCGAAGUGUAUCACAUUAAUUCUCCUCUUAGUGAUGGUCCAUACAAACACUUCACCUAAUCAAUUCUCACAGGUUUAAGUAGUGUAUGAGGAAAGUUAGUAUAUAAGAUAACUUCAUUCGAUCAUUCACUCAUUCCCUCCUUCUCUGCUUCACACUAUACCUUAACCUCUCAAAUUCACGCUAGCGAUUGUUUUAAGAGCUCAUUCAUAUCUAAGUCUUUGCUUCAUAUCCCCCUUUAACGCUUCUUCAACCGUCUUUUGAUUAUCGAAUUGGUAAUCUAUAUAUCUGAAAUCCUCAUCAUCUCUCACGAUAGCUUCAGCCCAGAAAUCAUUGUUCAAAAUAGUUGUCUAUUGAGUCAUGGCUCUACCUCGCUUCUGUCCUAGUAAAAAUUCACGAUCAAGCUUAAAGGAUACGACUGGUUCAAUAAACCUUUUAGAGAACACUCCGAUCUCUUUACCUCGACUCUGUUCAAGUAAAAAUUCACAAUCAAGUUUUAAAGAAUUGACUGGUUCAAUAGAUCUUUCAGAAAAAACUUCGAUUUACUCUUCAAUUGGUUCGGUUGCUUCUAGACGACACAAACCUAAACAUCUUAAAGUGACUGUUCCUGAAUUAGAAAAUCAUCAAUCGAUUGUAUCUGCUGGAAUUGAAAAGAUUCCACUUACUGCAUUUAGAUUACAAUUUGAAAGAUUAAAGAAAUCAUCACAAUCUUCAUUAUCGAUUUCGAAUUUCUUACGUAACAAAUCAUCAAAAGUAGAAAAAAGAAAAACAGUUGAUUGUAAUCAUUCUUCAUCAAAUCUGAUUUCAAGUUCUACAAUCUCUAGACCUAAAACUUCAAUCGAUAGUCAAUUUCCUACUAUUCAUCAUCCUAAUUUGCUUCAUGAACUUUAUAGUAUGCCAAUUCAAGAUGAUCAUCAAACAACAACAAAAACAAGUUAUCUUUUUGGUUUUACUGAAAGCCGUCGUGGUUCGAUAUCUGAUGGAUUAGGUUUAAUGAGUAAAACAAAAGUCGAAUUAAAUAAAGGAAUCUCUCAUCAACGUACUGAAACUGAAAGCUCAUCAUCAAUCAUCAAACGAAAGACAUUUGAUAGGAAAUCAUCAACUAAACAUAAGUUUAGAGCUCAAUCUUAUUCAAGUUUUUCUUUUCUUGAACCUCCUAAACCAAGAGGAGCUGAUGAUUCAUUAUCACUAGACGUCUUGGAAAUCACUCUACAAGCUUCUUUGAAUCAAUUCUCAUCAAUUUCAUCUCAAGAUCUUCAAAUUAAUUCUUCUUCUACUUCUUCUACUUCUCAAGACCCUAUACUUGAUAAUCAAAUUGAAGACUACAAUGAUGAUGAUGAUGAUGAUCGGUCUUCAUUUUGUACUGUUUCUGAUCGUCAUUCUCUUGAAUACGAAGAAGCUUUUCAUUUUCCAAAAUGGCCAAAGGAAUCCUAAUAGAAAAUCCGUUUUUCUAAAUCACUUUGAACAUCUUUCUUCUUACAUUCUUUUUUUUUUCAUCCUUUUUUUUUGGGGGAGGGUUUCCUUUUUUUUUCUAGUUUAUAACUUGAUUGAAUUUAUUUACUUUUCUUACCUUUUUUAUCAUGAUCAUCUUUUGUUUGUAUAUCAUAUAUGAAUUAAUGAUGUAAAUUAUCUUAUACGAAACUUGAUGAUUGAUUGUUUGAUGAUUCUUUUGUGUUGUUUUAUUGAAUUCAAUGAGUGAUGAAUGAUAUCUGUGAUAUGUGUUUAUUUUUUUUGAAAAUCAUUUGAUUGUAAUUCUUGAAAUGUUUUAGUAUUAUCAAUUUAAAGAACUUCAUUCGUUUUUUUAUUUAAACAUUUGUUUGAGAUUAGUCUUUUUGUUAAUGGAUCUGACUUUCAGAGU